CCCAUAUCCACUCAUUUCCCUUUUCUUCUACUCUACUAAUACUACUAUCCACAUCUUCAGCUCCACAUCUACUCUUCCGACCACCGGAGCUACCACCGGAGAGAACUCCACCAUGUCAGUCAAGGAGUGCACCCACCACAAGGACAGGAAACGAAAAUUAGUCCGGCGAUGCUGUGCCGGAAUACUCAUCUUCCUCUUCAUCGUCCUCUUAACUAUCCUCUUAGUCUGGGCAAUUCUUCAACCCAAAAAACCCAGAUUCAUUCUCCAAGAUGCUACAAUCUUCAAUUUCAACGUUUCCGCCCCCAAUAUCUUCUCUACAUCGAUCCAAAUCACCAUAUUCGCCCGAAACCCUAACGACAAAAUUGGCGUUUACUACGAUAAAAUGAAAACAUACGCCAAUUAUCACAAUCAACAAAUCACUUAUUAUACCCAAAUUCCUUCAGUUUAUCAAGGUCAUAAAGACGUUAACAUAUGGUCGCCGUUCGUUUUCAGUAACAAUGUUCCGAUUUCACCUUUAAAUGGACCAGACCUGAAAGAAGACCAGCAAAACGGCGGCGUUUGGAUCGAUUUCAAGAUUGUCGGCCGUGUGAAAUGGAGAGUUGGGACGAUUACGACUGGGCAUUACCAUUUACAUGUUACGUGUACGGCUUAUGUACCGUUCGGAAAUCAUCCCGGCGACGGCGGAAUUAUGGUCGGAAAUAACGCCAUGAAGUAUCAACUUGCCCGGAGCUGUGAUGUGAGUGUUUAAUAAUUUGAAGAUGAUGAAGCAGGGGAGUUUAAUUGCCAUUGGAAGUAUUUAUUUCUCUUUUUAAUUACUUUUCGGGCCAACUUUUAUUUUCUAUUUUUUAUUUUCCUGCUAUUUACACUUUCUUUUUUCUAUCUUAAUUUUUGGUCCUAUAAAGUUGAAUGAACUGUACAUUUUGCUGCUAAAGAAUAAUAUUGGAAACUUAUUAUUAUA